AUGGAAAGUUGGUCAGUUAAUCAAGUCUGCAACUGGUUGCUGCAGAAUAACUUAGGGGACCUGGUUCCUAAAUUUCAUGAGGAAGAAGUGAGUGGAGCUGCUCUCUUGGCUCUUAAUGACAGGAUGGUACAGCAGCUGGUAAAGAAAAUAGGGCACCAGGCAGUGUUAAUGGACCUGAUUAAAAAAUGCAAGCAACAAACCGAGGGGUCAGCUUUUACAGGUGGAACGCCCUUCUCUGAGUCACGAGGAGCAGCCAGUGGGACUCCUGGUGUUCAGCUAACUGUGGAACAGAUUAAUUGUUUCUCUCCUAGUGAAAGCUCUGAGGAUGGAUCCAUUGACCAAAGAGUUAUAAAAAAAAAAAAAAACAUGACAUACGUUUUAGCAAGAUGCAAAGCAUUGCAAUGGACGGAUUUAUAUAUGCUGCCUGAGUUUCCUUAUGACAUCAGAUGCAUAUUAGCAGAGAGGAAAUGCCCUGACCACAGUAUGAGAAUCAGGAUAAUUGAAUUCUUGCAAGCUGACAUGACAAAGUACCUUGAAGGAUCACUAUAUCCAACUACUCAGCAGUACAACGAUGUUGUCAAUGCACUGCUGCAGGCAUACCCGUUUCUUGAUGAGGAUGGGAAUGGCUUUUUUCUAUGGAAACGAGCCCUUAAAGACCGUUUCAAGUACGUGCGGAGACCGAUAGAAGAUGAUGAGCAGGUAGUGAGAAAUAAAUGCAAGUUUGGACACAGACGAGGACAGACCAGAAAAACUCCUGAAAAUAGUGGUGAGGAAAUCCAAGCAGUACACACAAAAGUUAAGAUUAUUUACAAUGAAGGCCUUGAUGUUGCGAUAAAUGAACAUAUUAACUGGUUUAAGGAAGAAUACAUGAAAACUGAGAGAAAUUGGGCAGAAGUGGAUAAAAGGAUGACCAAAACUUUAGAAAUAAGAAGCAAGAUGAUAAAUAACAGGAUGCCUUUGAAAGAGGUUCUCAGACUAUUCCCAUUUUUAAAGUGUCCAUACCAGCUUUUUAGAGAGUUUCAGUUUCUAACACACAAAGAUAUUUACAAGAAAACAGUUGAGAUUUUGGAGGCAUAUUCAGAGAACAUACUGACUUCGAACUUGGUGAAGAAUAGUCCGGUUAAUAUUGUUCUACAAAACAGGUUGAAACAGCCCAUGGAAGACGACAUUCAGAAAUAUAUGAAGAUGACUGCCACAUGUUUACUCUUGCCAGAGGUUUUUGGAGAAGAUUCCUCUUUGUUUGCUACUGUGAAUGAGGAGGUGAAAGUGUCAACACCAGUGCUGGAAGUAAAAUACCCAUUUAAUAUACAUGUGUGUGAGUGUUCGCUAUACAUGGAGAAAGAGAAACUCGUUCAGCUGAAUGAUUGUACAAUGGCCCUGGCUGCUCUGCUGGCUUCCUAUCACGUCUUUGGCAUUCCAUUCCCCAAAAGGCUGUACAAGACGCUUAACUUUUUGAAGUCCCUCAUCUUUGAAGUGAGAUUUUCACCGUUGUUCCCAGCUAAAACCAAGAGAAUUUGAAAAAUAUGAAUGUGCCAAUACUGAAUAAUAAUCAGUAUGACAUUUUGGAGGAAAUAUCUCACCAGGAGUAAUUCCUGGUUUAUCUGUCAUUAUUUUGAUUGAUUUCAGUAGAACACAAUAUUUAU